AUGAUAGUAACGGUAAAGCCCGAGCAUGGAAAAGCAUGGAUUUUCUUGAAGCCUUUUACCAUGGAAAUGUGGGCAGUAACUGCUACCAUUUUGCUCUACACUGUGUUCAUAGUCUGGCUUUUGGAGCGUCAAUCGAAUCCGGAGUUUACAGGCCCAUGGCAGAAUCAACUGGGGACUUCACUUUGGUUCACAUCCACCUCACUGUUCUUUGCACAGAGGGAAAGGGUUCACAAUAGUUACACUCGCGUAGUGGUGGUGGUAUGGCUCUUCGUUGUCUUAGUUUUAUCCUCAAGCUACACUGCAAGUUUCUCCUCAAUGCUCACUGUCCAACGCCUAGAACCGAACAAAACAGACAUAGAGUGGCUGAAGAAGAACAAUGCACCAGUAGGUUGUGGCAUCAAUUCGUUUAUAAAACAGUAUCUACAAAAUGUGCUUAAAUUUGACCCUAGAAACAUCAAGAGCAUCAUCAGUGAAUACGACUACCCAGCCGAAUUCGAGAGUGGCAAUAUCACUGCAGCAUUUGUUGAACUCCCUUAUUCGAAGGCGUUCAUGAAUCAUUUUUGCAAGGGGUACACUGUUGCCACACCCACAGAUGGAGUUGCUCACAGACUUGGAGGCUUUGGAUUUGUAUUUCAGAAAGGCUCUCCAAUUGUUAAAGAUGUCUCCCAAGCUAUUCUGACCUUAUCAGAGAAUGGUAGGUUGGAACAAUUGGAAACUAAAUGGUUUACUGCUUCUCCCAAGUGUCUAAACUCUCAAACUCCUGACACGAUUGAUAGCUUGAGUUGGCAAAGUUUUUGGGGUCUCUACCUCUUCUCAGCCUUCAUUUCCACCAUAUGUUAUCUAUUAUUUGCAACUCACCAGUCAUACAAGGGAGAUAUUGCUUUGAUUUAUGGAACUAUGUUGUAUAAGUUGGCCGGGUUGGUAAAGUAUUUUCAUAUCAUAGUGAGAAAACUACAAGGUACAACUCCAAACACUGUUCAAGCAUUAGGGGUUUAUGAAUGCAACUCUUCUAGUAUUGAGUACACAAGUUCUUCAGAGACUUCGGAGCAAUCUCAAGCACCGACGUCGAUUGAGGUUAAAGUUACCAAUCCUGAUGAAGAAAGGCGUGUUCCUUUGUCACUUGCAGUCUCGAGUUCAAGUUAUAGAAAGACUUAUUGGGCAUAA